CGGCAGAUCACACGCGGUUCAGCACGCACGCGCGCUCCUAGCCAACGAGCCCGCUGCACCCAGGCCGCCAGGCCCGCAGCGCCCCCUCUCGGCCAUACAGGUGUCACCGGGAAAGAACAGAGGGUCCCAGCCUUGAGUACCCCAAUGUGCCAAGCAGAGUUUGAGCUGGCCUGCACUGCCAUCAAGCAGCUGAAGCGUCCUGUGAGUGACCAGGAGAAACUGAUGGUAUACAGCUACUACAAACAGGCCACUCAGGGUGACUGCAACAUCCCCGCCCCUCCUGACUUGGAUGUGAAAGCCAAGGUCAAGUGGGGGGCAUGGAACGUGAACAAAGGGAUGUCCAAGGAGGAUGCCAUGAAGGUUUACAUUGCCAAAGUGGAAGAGCUGAAGAAAAAGGAGGCUGAUUAGGGAGACUUUAACAGACAGAAGUAGCAUGGCUCCUCUGGUGCUGCUGGUUCUCCCGUCCCAGGCCCGCGCACCAGCCCCUGUCGCCCCGGCCUCCACCUU